CAUCAGCUGCUCUCUGUGACCUUCCCCUCUCCGAUGCCACCUGUGGGAUCACCGGCUGCUAACAGCAGGGGUUAACCCCGUUCAGAGCUCAGAAGAUGCCCCCCACCAGGCGGGAGCUGGAGUCCCGCUUCGUGCACCUCCUGCAGCCCAUCCGCGACCUCACCAAGAACUGGGAGGUGGACGUGGCCGCACAGCUCAGCGAGUACCUGGAGGAGCUGGAGAACGUCUGCAUUUCCUUCGACAAUGGGAGAACCACCAUGAACUUCAUGGAGGCGGCGCUGCUCAUUCAGGGAUCCGCCUGUGUCUACAGCAGGAAGGUGGAGUAUCUCUACUCACUGGUGUACCAGACGCUUGACUACAUCUCCAACAAGAAGCAGGAGAAGCUGCCCAGCUCCCUGGGUCCAGAUGGGAGAGACGCCGAUGCCACCUUUGGGGAGGAAGAUAUUGAUGAGAAGUUCCUCUCCCUGGAUGACAUCAAGGACACCAGCCAGGCCAAUGUGGACAUGAAGGAUCACCAGUCCAACCCCGUGAGCAUCAUUCCUUCAACCCCCAUGUCCUUGGUCCCACCAGAAGACGAUGAGAAGAGAGACAACCCCCUGCUCAGCUGCAAGGGGGAGGUCUUGGCGAGCCGCAAGGAUUUCAGGAUGAACGUGUGUACCCCGCACAAAUCCGGAGCGUUCCUGCUGGAGCUGGCGGGGCUGUCCCCAGCCCACCCCCAGAGCCCUGGCCCUGCCCCAGCUCCAGCCGGUGUCCCCAGCAGCAGCAACAACAGCAGCAGCAGCGGUGCAGAGGUUCCUGUCCGGGCACUGAGCUUCUCUGAGGAGGGAGGACUGGAGGAUGAUGGUGCUGGUGGAGAUGAUCCCAUGCAGGAGGAUGCCGCGGUGCUGGCUCCGGGUGGUGCCAAACACAUGGAAUCACAGCGGAGCACCCCAGGAUACGCGCUGCGGGAGCGAGCCCCUGCCCAGCUCCCCCAGACCCAUGUCAAGGAGCUGCUGGAUCCGUGGCAAAGUCUUGAUCCCUUCGCAGACUCCGAGGACAAACCCCUAAGGAAAGGAAGACCGUUCCUGGUGCCGCUGGGCCUGGAGGACAUGGUGGGGGGGAAGCGCAAGAGGAAAUCCCCCCGGAAGCUCCAGAACUUCAUGAAGUGGUUUGCCAUGGCCUACAACAACGUCUCGGAUGGCAGGAGAGCCAAGAGGAACGGCCCGACCUUUGCCGACCUGGAGGUGCUCUACUGGAAGCAGAUGAAGGAGCGGGUGGCAGUGCAAAGGAAGCUGCAGCCCAGGGAGCCACUGCAGCCUGAAGAGGAGCCGGAGCUGCUGGAGGAGGAGCGAGGGGCUGAGGACGAUGAAGAAGGUGACUUUGGGGAGCACGAGGACAUUGAGGCCCUGGAGGAGCUGGAGGAAGGAGCCCCCAAUCCCCGUCCCUCCAACUCUCUGUGCUACGAGGAGCUGGUGCGCAGGAACGUGGAGCUGUUCAUGGUGGAGUCGCAGCGCUAUGUGCAGGAGACAGAGCUGUCACAGCGUGUGCAGUGCUGGGAGGAGCGGAUGGUGCCACUGCUGCAGGAGCAGGAGUCCCGCCAGGCUCUGGAUGUCCGUGGCUAUGGGCAGGCGCUGGUGCAGGGCUGCGGCGCCCUCGGGCACUGGCGCUCAUUCGCACGGCUCGUGGCGGGGCGGCCCCCGGCCGAGGUGAGCCGGUACCUGAUGGCGGCGCUGCAGCUGGCCAAUGACUACGUGGUGGAGCUGGCGCAGGAGCCGGGGCUGGAGCAGGCACUGGACACGCUGAGGCUCCGGCUGCUCACGCACCAGCAGGCGCACGAGCGCUUCCAGGCCUUCCACCUGCCCUCAGCAUGCCCGUGA